AUGAGGGUCGCUUUCAUCCUUCUAAUCUUGAUUGGUCUAGGAUGCUGUUGCUCAAUAUUCCCUCUUACUUCAGGAUGCUGGAAACUUCCUGAAAGUAUCAUUUCAACUGCGUUGAAUUCCACUAUUCCACUGGUUCAAAAAACAGCUAAAGCCGAUCUUUGUGCUGUCGAGCACGUACUGAAAUCCACGCCUACAAUUGUUGAGGUGAUAUCGAGAAUGGUUCAGGACACAAGCAAUAAUGUUAUUAGCACCGUUCAUCAGCUGAUUCGCAAUAUUGAUGACACCGAUCUCGUUAAAGCAAUUGUCCAUGCUGUGAAUUCUUUCGCCUCCCAAUCAUUGCAUGAGACAGAUGCUACAGUGCUGGAAUUGAUUAGAGUAGUAUCUAAAUUAUUCGAAGAUGUUGAAGAGAAUUGUUAUGAAGGACUAAAUCCAGCUGCUUUUCACAUAGAAGGCGCCUGGAAUGUUAUCGAAGAACUCAAGAAGACAGUGGGAAGUCAAGCGAAUAUGUGA